AUGGCCGCCCGCAAGAUCGUUCUCGUCACCGGAGGAAACGGUGGAAUUGGCUACGAGACAGUGAAAGCCUUCUUCGAAUCGAAGAAACCCUACCAUGUAUUCAUGGGAAGUCGAUCUCUAGACAAUGCUAAGACGGCUAUCCAAAAACUCAACAAGGAAUGUCCCGAUGCAACCAACGAGGUCGAACCUCUCCAAGUCGACCUAACAAGCGACGAGUCCAUCGAAGCAGCAUUUAAGACAGUUCAAUCCGGACCAGGAUAUAUCGAUGCACUCAUCAACAAUGCCGGCGCAAAUUUCGACAUCCCCCACCUUGCUGGGAAAGUCUCACUUCGCGAAAGCUUCACCAACGCUUAUGAUGUGAAUGUUGCAGGCACGCAUGUAAUGACAAAUACAUUCGUUCCACUUCUUUUAAAAUCAAACGACCCGCGCCUCAUUUUCGUGGCUGGUCUUUCGCAAAUUAACAAAGCUGCCCAGUCAUAUUUUCCCACUCCACCUCAACCGGCUGGAUGGCCUAAACCGAAAGGCGAUUUCGAGGUUAUCGGAUAUCGCUGUAGCAAGAUUGCUCUUAACAUGCUGAUGUUGGACUGGAAUAAUAAGUUGAAGGCAGAUGGUGUUAAGGUGUGGAGUGUUGGGCCUGGCUUUUUGGCAACCAAUUUGGGUGGUGUACCUGAGAAGGCUCUUGAAAUGGGAGCUAAGCAUCCGAGUGCUGGGGGAGAAUACUCCGCAGUGUGGUUGAAGGAGAGAGAGAUGAAUCAGUUGGAAAGAUUGUUGUAUGGAGCAAGCCCAUUCGAGAUCAACCAAACACGUAAUACGCCACUGAUCAUCGAAAAAGAUGGUGCAUUCGUGAUCGAACCUGCCAAGCUCUCGAAUAUCCAACCCCUCAUCGUCUUCGCUGGAAAGGCAGCUCCUUCGUUGAGACCUUGA